AAAUAUUUUUUAAAGAUUUUAUUAAUUAAAAUGUAUGGUGAUUUAUGCAGAUUCUGCCUGAGUAAUAUUUCAGAUAAAUCAGCUGUCUCUCUUAAAAAUCACGAGAUAUUAGUUUGUGUAGAUAAAAAGUUGAUUGAUUUAAAGGAAAUUCUCAAAUUUCUGCUUUUAAAUUAUUCAUAUUGUGAAAAUUUGCCGAAUUUAAUAUGCAAUGAAUGCAAAAACAUAAUAAUUAAGUACUACUCACUGAAGAAAACAUUUCUGGAGAAUGAAAAGACACUAACAGCAAAAUCACAGACUGUGAAUAAACAUCAGAAAUUGCACAAUUUAAUUUCAAUAGUUGAGGAGUUUUGCAGAUAUUUGAACGACGAGGACUCUUUAAAUGUGCUUAAUUAUAGUGAUAGGAUUGUCAUUGAGAAAUGUGCUGAAGAAAGAGUCAUUGAAGAUGAUUUACUGGAUCACACUAAGAAAGAGAAUAUCCCAAAUCAAGUCAUAAUUCAAACUAUUCAGGAAGACGAGGAAGAGGCAACAAACUACAUCCAGUACGUUGAUGAAGAGUAUAUUGAUAAUGAAAGUCUAUUGAAGUGUGAAUCUCAAGAUCUAAUAGCAGCGCAGACAAUGAAAGCUGAGCAUGAACAACAGGAAAUUUUUCAUGAAGAUGAUUUGCAGUAUCAAGUUAACGCUGAAUCAAGUACAGCAAGUCAAGAGACCGAAUAUGAAAUUCAAUUUAGCGAUCCAGAAACGUUGGAAAAUGAAGAAGAUUGCGACAAGUCUAGUGAACUAGAGACAAUUUAUGAGAACGAAAACCUGCCCCUAAAUGUAAAGCUUAACGUGAGAAACAAACGAAAGCACAAAGUGAUUCAAGAUAAUUUAGAAAAUGGAUUAAUAGCCAAAAAGUACAAAGUAUCUCUAGUCGAUUCCAACGUUGUUGUGCAGGAAGAUGACGAAACUAAUUCCUUCAUGUGCUCAAACUGCUCUAGUGUCUUUACAAAUGAGAAAGCUGCCAAUGAUCAUGUCAUGAGAUAUGGAAAAUUUCAGUUCUGUACGCUUUGUAGAUGUGAUGAAUGUUCAGUCAUUUUUUCCUCACAAAAGUCAUUCCAAAAGCACAAAAGCUUCCACAUACUGUCCAAAAUAUCGUCGAUAUUCAACUAUUAUGACUGCCUUCACUGCAACGUGUCGUUUGGAAAUGACAAGGAUUAUGAGAAACACAUAGAAUGUCAUGCUGAGAAUGAAAAUUAUUUGUACAGCUUUGAUGGCAAGCCACAACUUGAAGGAUGUGAAUUAUUCAAGUCUAAUAAAGACGAGCUAAUGGAUGAAAACAGUUGGACUUGUGGACAUUGUGGCUUGAGAUUUGGACUUAAAAAUGACCUGAAUUUCCACAUGACACUAUUUCACGCGAGCCUUUAUUGUCCAUUUGACAGACAACAGUAUGGAAAGUCUGUAUCUUAUCUUAUUGACCACUUGAAAAUGAAACAUGCAGAACAGUUUGGAAAUGAAGAGAUAACAUUCAGCUGUUCUCAUUGCUUUGAGGAAUUCAGUGCGAAAAAUGAAAUGAAGGAACAUGAGAAAUAUUGUGACAGUAAGAAGUUUGACUGUCAUCACUGUGAAAAGAAGUUUGCAUUAGAAAGGCAACUAAAAGAGCAUCUAGAAGCUGUCAAUGGAACCAUGAAAUUUACCUGUUCCAGCUGUAAAAAGAAAUUUAACAACAGAUCGUCACUUACAGUCCACUUGAGAAUUCAUUCAAAGGAACGACCAUACAUCUGCACAUUUGAUGGCUGUAACAAAGCUUUUCGUACAAAUUCACAUCGUAGCUCCCAUAUGGAUGCACACAAUGAGACUAAGAACUAUAAAUGUCAAUACUGCGAACUUUUAUUCCAAACCAGAGCAGCUAAACGUACUCAUGAGAAAUCUCACAGUUACAGCCACAUAUGUCCUUUAUGUCAUAAGGAUUUUAAGCAGCGAAGUCAUCUAGUUAGACAUGCUAAUAUUGUGCAUAAGAUUAUUUGUGGAAGUGCAAAUCUUGAAGCUGAAAUUGAUAAAAUGGAUGAAGGUCGGAUCAAGUUUUAGUAGAAUAAAAAUGAUGAGUAGUUAUAAAAAUAGAA